AAAUGCAAAGAAAUAGACUUUCCUGGAAAUUAUAGCCAAUUGAAUGCUUAGAAGUCAAGCACUCAGACCCAGAAAUUACUUGGUAGAAAUUCUGAAAAACAAUAAGCUAGAGCCAAUUGUUUCAUUAUAAGCUUAUAUAAUCUAUAUUUAUAAUCUGCUGACCAAUUAGUAUGAAUCUUUUGCUAUUGUUGUAGACUAUCGUAAUCGAUGAUGGUUGUUCAUUGUUCAAGAACUGAAAACCAAAAUAUGCUUCGUUUUCCAGUACUGUUUUUGCUUUGUUCUGUCAUCAUCUCUCUCUUUUGUGAUCUUGCUUAUGCUGACCCUCCAUAUAAGCUAUGCUCAAACACUUCCUACUAUUCAGAUAAUAGUACGUUUCAGACAAACCUCAACACUCUGCUCAAUUCAUUACCUUCCAAUGCUUCUGUUUCCAAGUUGUACAAUACAUCCUUUGGAAAUGAGCCAGAUAAAGUCUUUGCUCUCUACAUGUGCCUCGACUAUCUUGAUCCCGGUUCCUGUCAUGAUUGCAUAAACAUGGCGCAACAAGACAUUGCAAGCAUAUGUCCUUACUCCAAAGAAGCGGUUGUAUGGGAGGAGAACUGUCAACUGCGCUACUCCAAUCAGAAUUUCUUAGGCAGGUUGAAUGUAGAUGACAACAUCCCCUUAGAUAACAAGAAGAAUAUUUCAGUUCCUGAAAAAUUCGAGACAGUUGUGAACAAGACGCUGAGUAACCUCGCUGAGCAGGCGGCUUUUAAUCAUUCACUGAACAUGUAUGCCACUGGUGAAGUACCCUUUCAAGAUAAAAUGGUAUAUGCUCUUGUGCAGUGCACUACAGACUUAUCUGGGAAUGAUUGUGAUACAUGUCUUAUGGGAGCCAUAGAAGAUGUUUUAAGAGCGUCCUAUUCCUCCAUUGGUGCGAGACUUCUCAGUCGUAGUUGUUAUCUGAGGUAUGAGUUUUAUUCCUUCUAUAAUGGGGCAACGUCUGAAGCUCCUGUUGCUAAUAACAAAGGAGGAGGCAGGAAAAUAUUGUUGAUCACAAUCCUUAUAAUUGUGUCAGCAUGCCUGGGGGUGCUACUUGUAGUUUCCUGUGUCUGUCUUGCAGUGAGAAAAUCAAAGAAAAAAGGGAAAAGAGAAAUUUUAGGACAGCAUGAUUUGUUCCAUAGACAAAAUGACGCAAAAGCUCAGGAGUACCCCUUCAUUAGUUUGGCUUCUAUACAUGCAGCUACUAACAAAUUCUCUGAUUCAAAUAAGCUUGGGGAAGGUGGUUUUGGCCCAGUUUACAAGGGUGUACUGAGGGAUGGAAAGGAAGUGGCAAUCAAGAGGCUUUCAAGCUGUUCGGAGCAAGGUUUGGAGGAAUUCACAAACGAAGUGCUACUGAUAAUGAAACUUCAGCACAAAAAUCUUGUCCGGCUCUUAGGUUUCUGUGUCGAUGGAGAAGAAAAACUGCUUGUAUAUGAAUACAUGCCAAACAGCAGCUUAGAUGUCAUCCUUUUUGAUUCAGCAAAACGCGCACAACUUGAUUGGAGCAGACGUGUGAGCAUCAUUAGUGGAAUUGCAAGGGGAAUGCUUUAUUUGCAUGAGGACUCUCGACUUAGAAUCAUCCAUAGAGACUUGAAAGCUAGCAACAUAUUAUUGGACAAUGAGAUGAAUCCAAAGAUCUCAGAUUUUGGCAUGGCAAGGAUCUUUGCAGGAAGUGAAGGACAAGCUAAUACUGCUACAAUAGUUGGGACUUAUGGAUAUAUGGCCCCGGAGUAUGCUAUGGAGGGACUAUAUUCUGUCAAGUCCGAUGUUUAUGGCUUUGGAGUACUCUUGCUUGAGAUCAUAACUGGGAGAAGGAACACUGGCUUUCAUUUACUAAAACGUGGGCCUAGCCUCGUAACUUAUGCAUGGAAAUUAUGGGAUGAAGGAAAAGGGUUGGAGCUAAUUGAUCCGUCACUGGUUGGUUCAUGUGAUCCAGAAGAAUUCUUAAGAUAUCUCCACAUUGGGUUGUUGUGUGUUCAAGAAGAUGCAAAUGACAGGCCAACCAUGUCUUCUGCAGUUGUAAUGUUGAAAAGUGAAACUGUAAGUCUCACUCAACCUGAAAAACCCGCUUUCAACAUGGGAAGAUUCACUAAUCAGCAUACUGAGGGAGGUGCUGAUAGUUGCUCAAUUAAUGGAUUAACAGUUUCUAAUAUCAUGCCUCGGAAAAUGGACGCCUUUUCAGUUAUGCUUUUCAUGAUUCUACCACUUUUGUUACCAGCUAGCGUUUCUGGUGCAGAUCCUCUUGACACUUUUUGCUCACCUGAUGCCAGUAUCUACACUCCUAGCAGCCAAUUUGAAAGUAAUCUCAAGCAGCUCCUUGAGUCAUUGUCAUGCAACACUUCCAUCUCCGGUGGUUUCUACAAUGACACAAUCGGCACUGGCCAUGACAGAGUAUAUGGACAAACACUUUGUAGAGGGGAUGUGAACUCCACGGUUUGUCAGAAAUGUGUAAGUGAUGCAAGCCGGGAAAUCUUCAACAAUUGUAACUCUACAGAUGCAUUGAUCUGGUAUGAGCUAUGUCAAGUUCGCUAUUCCUACCAGAUGUUCUUUUCGUCGAUGUCUUAUACUGGGAAGUACCCGGCCCAGAAUGAUCAGGAGGAGAGUGUAUCAGAUUCAAAUUAUUUUGGUGAUGUUUUAAUGUAUUUAAUGAAAAACCUCUCCGGAGAGUCUGUGUUUACUCCUCCAAAGAAAAUGUUUGCAACUGGUGAAAUUGAGCUUUCGGGAAAUAGAAUUAUUUAUGGUCUGGAACAGUGCACCAGAGACAUCUCUGAAAGUGACUGCAAAAACUGUCUGGUUUCUGCUUUAGGGGAUCUUUCAUCAUGCUGCUCCUCUCGUCAAGGUGGAACUGUAGUCAGUAGAAAUUGUAAUGUGAGGUUUGAGAUCUCCCGGUUUUUUAAUGACACUUCAAGCAGUCGGUUAAUUUAUCCAUAUUCAAAAGCAGGGGAUGACAGGAAGACUUGGAAGGUGGUGGUUACAUGUGCAUCCGCUAUACUAUUUGCAGUUCUAGUUGUACUUUGUGCAGUUCAUUUUCGACGGCAAAAGAGAUUGAAAAAUGUCAACGAUGAAGAGAUCAGAAGCGAGCAUGUACUAUUACAUGAUCUGGCAAGUCCCACUGAAGUAACAAUUACAGAAGAAGGCGUAUUGGUGACUUCUGAGGAACUGCCAUUCGUUGAUGUAGCAACUAUAAAGAUAGCUACAGAUGACUUUUCAGAUUCCAACAAGCUUGGACAAGGUGGGUUUGGUACUGUUUACAAGGGUGUGCUACCAGAUGGGAUAGAAGUAGCUGUUAAAAGAUUGUCAAGGAAGUCAUGGCAAGGCUUAGAGGAGUUUAAAAACGAAGUCAUACUCAUCGCAAAGCUUCAACACAGAAACCUAGUGCGGCUCUUGGCAUGUGGCUUUGAAGGAGAGGAGAAGCUGCUUUUGUAUGAGUACAUGCCAAAUAAAAGCCUUGAUACUUUCAUCUUUGAUUCGCAAAAGCGUGCUGAACUUUGUUGGGAAACAUAUUACAACAUCAUUAAAGGAAUCGCCAGAGGACUUCUGUAUCUUCAUGAAGACUCCCGGCUCAGAAUCAUUCACAGAGAUUUAAAGCCCAGCAAUGUACUUUUGGACCAUGAAAUGGUGGCCAAAAUUUCAGAUUUUGGCAUGGCAAGGAUAUUUUGUGAAAAUCAGAACACAGCUAAUACUAAAAGAGUUGUAGGAACAUAUGGCUACAUGGCUCCGGAGUAUGCAAUGGAGGGUCUAUUUUCUGUAAAAUCUGAUGUUUUCAGCUUUGGAGUAAUCAUGCUUGAGAUUAUUAGUGGGAAAAAAAAUAGUGGAUUCUACCUCACUGAACAUGCCAAGACACUCGUUGCAUAUGCAUGGAACCUAUGGAAGGAUGGAAAAGAAGUUGAAUUUGUAGAUCCUUGCUUGAUGGAAUCAUCCAAGACAAAAGAGAUUUUGAGAUGCAUGCAUAUCGGGCUUUUGUGUGUCCAGGAAGACCCUGAAGAAAGACCAACAAUGUCAAAUGUGGUUGUGUUGCUGGAAAGUGAUUCAAUUGAACUUGCUGAGCCAAAGAAACCAGCAAUUUUUGCAGCAAGUAGAAUUGCUCCGAUUGACGAGUCUACUUCUAGUCCUACUCCAAAUGGCCUCACUCUUUCCAUCAUUUUGCCAAGGUGACUUUGCUCGGUAUGUACAGAGAUUGAAAACUGAAAGUUCAAAGAAGGAGAUGGAUAGUGUCAUGUACAUAAUAGGUAAUAAAUGGAUGCAAUGGAAGUUGCAAGUUUUUAUGUAGCAAUGAGGAGCAUUGUAAUGUAUUGCCGUAACUUGUAAAGAAAGCCAAUUUCCAUAUUGUUAAUAUUCAUGGUAUGAUACUGCAAAAUUUGACA